GAGAAAUACAGACCUUAUUUUAGUUUCUGGUCAAAAUGAGAAAAAAAAAAAAAGUCCUGUGGGUGGUGGACGGGGGCCAGGGGAACUUUCCAUUUCUAAAAUCCUGCUACGGACCUGUUGAGUAGGCCACUUUAUACUCUUUUGACAUUAAAGAAGCACGUUUUACAUUUAAAUGGUUUUAAAAAAAUAUGAACACUACACAAGCAAAGCCCGAUGGAUAACCUGACUUUGCUUGCAAGGAAACUCUGCACUCUGCAAAUACCUGCAGCAUUCCUGAACUGGAGGCGACACGAGCUGCUGCCAAAAGCAGAAACUCUCGCGAGAUAAGGGGGACGAAUGCGACACCUUGAAGUAUCACCCUGACCAAAGGUAAACUUCGCCGUCUAUAAAUGAGGGAUUAGUAGGUAACUGGUCACAGUAACUGUAUCCUGCAGCCGGUUACACUGUCACGGACUCGGUUUCCUGUGUGUGAGAAGUUUGCUCAUCUGCUGACACGCUCUGCAUUUUGCAACUGACCUACUUAACUUGCCACAGAGGAAAAACAAGGGUGUUACUGUGGAAAUAAGAGGGAUACGGUUCAAAGGAGCGUCCCCUGCGUGAGUGCAUUACCUGGGCAGGUAACAGAGAGGUGGUGUCACCAUGGCUGCAGCUGUGGAGCCCGGUUCGGUAUCCACGGGGGUCCGGUCCUUGUUUUUCAUGCUCACACCGAAUGAAUCAUCGUUUGAGACAGUGGAAGAUGUUCCUCAGUAUGUGGAGCAGGCCACUCCUUUCUUUGUAGGGCUGAUGGUGCUGGAGCUGGUGGUGGGUGUGCUGAAGACAGGAGCCCCAGUGGUCACCAUCAGUGAUGGACUCACCUCCAUAUCUGCUGGAAUGAUCUCCAGACUCCCGAUGUUGUUUAUGAGAGGCUGUGAGCUGACCGGUUACAUGUAUGUAUGGGACCGGUAUCACCUGGUGGAGCUGCCCUGGGACUCUGCCUGGACCUGGUGGCUCACCUUCCUGGGAGUGGACCUCGGCUACUACUGGGUCCACCGCUUCGCUCACGAGGUGGCCAUCCUGUGGGCAGCUCACCAGGUUCACCACAGUUCAGAGCACUACAACCUCACCACCGCCCUCAGACAGUCCCUCACCCAGCAGUUCGCAUCCUGGGUCUUCUACCUGCCCAUGGCUCUGGCUAUACCCCCCUCAGUCUUCGCUGUUCACAUACAGUUAAACCUGCUCUACCAGUUCUGGAUCCACACCGAAUUGAUCAGAGACCUUGGACCUCUGGAGUGGGUCUUUAAUACCCCAAAACAUCACAGAGUUCACCACGGAAGGAACCUUUAUUGCAUUGACAAGAAUUAUGGCGGAAUUCUGAUCAUAUGGGACCGAUUAUUCGGUACCUUUGCUGAAGAGACAGACAGAGUGGUGUAUGGACUCGUAUUCCCUAUCAAGACAUUUGAAAUCCUCUAUGUUCAGUUUCACUACUAUUGGUAUUUGUGGACAAAGUCCAAGACUUACAAGACUAUCAGCAACAAAUUGUCAACUUUCUUCAAAGGUCCCAGUUGGAGCCCUGGUAAAUCUCGGCUGGGUGACCACCUGGAAAUUCCCAAGGUUACAGGAAAGGAAGUGGCUUAUGAUCCCAGCUGGCCGCUGCAUUUACAAGUUUAUGUGGUCCUACAUUUCCUGCUGGUGCUGCGGACUUACGACGUUUUGUUUGAAAACAAGAUGAUGCUGUCUCAGUUAACCAUUCUGGGGAUGACUGGCUACAUUCUGUUCACUCUCACUUCCCUGGGUUUCAUCAUGGACCAGAGAGGAAGACCAGCGCCAAGAUGUGUUCCACAGGCUGAAGGAGAAAGCUGUGCAGUUGCAACACAACGAGACCCAUUUCACGGUGGAGGGGGGCAGGUAGCAGUGGCCCCACACCUGCAGCAGAACAGACUGUUGACCAGACAGACUGUGCAUAUGGAGCUGAGCUGGAAUAAACUCCUCCCAAGAAGAAAGCAUUGGAAGAUCUCUAUGGAGGGACUUUCACUAAACCAGCAGCAGCACAGUCCAUCAGUAGGAUUGAGGCAGAAAUGGAUAAGUACAGAAAUGAGACAUCCAUUAUCCUCACAAGCUGUCUGCUCAAGUGGUGGAAAGAAAAUGCUCAGCUGUAGCAAAAGCAUACUUCUCCAAACCAGUCACCUCUGUCCCUGGUGAAUUUUAGUUUUUUUGUUAUUUAAGACAAAAGAUAUUUUAAGUUUCACAAAGAAAAGGACAUAUGCAUUGUUUUGCAUUGUUUAUACUCUACCUCAGAAAUAAAAAAGGAUUCUUUACUUUGAUAAAGAAAAGUGAAGAGAAAAUAUAUUUUGUGUAUUUUUGUCUGAGAAAUAAAGGAAUCUGUUUCAGUCAUAGUUUGUCGUCAAUCUCAUUUUGU